CCCCGCCUAGCUGGGCGCGUGGCCUGCAGCGGGGUCACGGGAUUCCUGCCAGUACCGUCCCCGGGCGCCUGACCUGCUCCGUGCGCGCUGCCAGCCCCCCUCCUGCGAGGGCAGGCGCAUUGCCCCAGUGUGCAGCGGGUGCAAGAACAGGGCCCAGCGCUCCGGCUGCUGGCUCAGGGGUGCUGAGCAGUAGGAAACGCCCUGUUGCAUGUUUCAGGGUGAUGCUGAUAAGCCUCCACGAACAUGUGAGGAUUAUUGGUCUGAAUGGAAACACUGUAAGGGCAUCCGUAAUUUAUUCCAUAACUAUUAUACGUAUGGGGAAGCACCCUCCUGUGAACAGUGGAAAAUAGACUAUGGCAAUUGCAGAGAGUGGGAAAAAAGCAAAAGUCCAGAUGCUAAGGAAUCCCUAUGCAAGAGUGAAAGAGUCCGGAUUCUGGAAAAACAGAAGUAUGAUCCAGUGUGGCAGCUGAGGAAAAGCCCACCAAGGGACUGGUACCUUCCUCUUGGUCAAGAUAAACCAAAGUAAUAAGACUACCUACCAUAUUUGGCCCUCAUAUACCAGAAGAUGUGAGGCCAAUGCUAUUUUUCUGCCAUAUGAUGCUGAAACAAGACUGUAGCCUCUAAAGGAGAAAGACUUCUCAGCUUAUACUUCUGCUCACAGCAGUCCCUCACCUCAUUAAUGCCUAUUUUGGAGUACAUUUAAUGGUGUUUAAGAAAUGUCUUACUGAGAUGUAAAUAUUUAAAAAGGAUAGUUCAGGUGCUCAGUUUCCCAUUCAUCCAGACAAGGACAAUGCCUGCUGCUUUGAAGCAGCACACAUUCACGUAGCCCGGCUGCUCUUGCUAUUAGAGCCCACCCCUCAUUUCCUUCACAUGGGCUAAGCAUGCUGCCAUUUAUGACAUGCCCAAGACCAGACUAGCCAGAUGAGGAAUUAAAAAACCAAGCUAGCCCUCUCCAUUGGCAAUAGAGAUUAGAGUAAUCAGGACAGCCCAAGCAGCUGGUAUUUGAAAAAGAAAGUUUGUACAGAUGCACUAUUGUCAUCCUUAACAGAGUGCUAUGGGGCAGCAGACAGAAAAUAAAGUUGACCUAUACCAGCUGUUUGCCCCUGCAAAAUUAUUCUCAGGCUGUUUUUGUUCUUAAAUAUGUUUGUGAAAGCAUUAAAAGUUAUCACAAAAAUAAAGACUUCAGUGACUUUCAAAGAUAAGUCUUAUGGCUUUAAGCAAAUUAGUUAAAUGGAAUCUCUUAUCACAUUAGCCACGCAGUAUGAAAAGCUAUAUUUACUUUGUUGUGAUAUAUAUCAUAUCUGUUUUCCCCUUGAUUUGUACACAGGCACCUCAACAAAACCUGAAUUGGAGCUAAAGGAGAAAUUGACAGUUAUCUUCCCAGUACAGUAGACUGACAUAUGAUUGCUUUAACAAUUUUUCUUCAUCGCAUAAUUAUACUCUCAGGAACUAUGGUUUGUCCAGAGUGAGGAAUUGUUACUCAGGAAUAAAUGAAAGGGGAAAAAAUAUUCUAUAAGUGAAAAAAUAAUGUUCACUAAAGCCACAGUUCUCUACAUGGAACCGUGCUUCAGUUUCUGGCACAAAAAUACAGUACAGUAGUACCCUGUUUAUCUGGUCUAAUUGGGACCAGGGCCAGAUCAGAUAAUCAAAACU